AUAAAUAGCAAUCGGUGCCAAAAAUUUCAAAAUUAGAGUCGAAUAACGUAAUGUGUGUGUGUGGCUGUGUGCCGCUUGUUGUGUUGUAAAUAAAUGAGACAAAUGUUAAUGCAAAUCUAUAGCGAAGCCAUAUAGAUAAUACUAGAUAAAUCUCGGGAAACAUGUCCACAGUCAGCGCUGGGCGCAAGAACAGCGCCCAGAUAGAGGUUAUGCAGAAAGCUGGCUGGAAGAUCGAUGAGAAUGAGAAAGCCUGCUAUAUAGAUAUAGAGGAGGAUGACGAUGCGAAUGCCAACGAGAAACUGGAUGAAUCGCAGCGCGUUUACUCCCGCUGGUCCGAACUGCCCAAUCUGAUAUUGGAGGAAAUAUUCACGUACCUCACGCCCAAAGAGCGCUACUACGCCAGUCUGGUCUGCCGGCAAUGGUACAGCGCCUUCUAUCUGCCCACCGUGUGGAGCAAUUUCGUGGUCGACGAUCGCACGCUCACGCGACCCAAGUACAACUACUACUCGGGCUGGCAAUAUUGCCUGGACCACAUGCGCACCCAGAACUGCUUGGCUCGCAUCGGCAAGCAUCUGAGAGGCAUCGAGUUCCGGCCCUGGCACAGCUUCAAUAACAUCUAUCAGUUUAUGACGAUGCUGUCAUGGAGCAUAGACAAGGGCCUGGAGCAGCAUCCGCAGUCCGAAUUGAUUGGCAUGGGUCAGCGCAUACGAUCGCUGGUCUACCAUUUCCCCUGCAACAUGUCGCAGCCCAACGACCCCGAGGGCAUCAAGCUGUUCGGCACCGGCGGCCAGCUGCUGAAGGGCCUCAAGGAGCUGAUGCUGCGCCUGCCCGAUCUGCACACGCUGAAGCUCGUCGACUUUGUGCUGGAGCGCUUCGAGGCGAACCAUUUGCUGGACGAGGUCGUCUGCAGCUGCUGCACCAAAAUGCGCGUGCUCAACCUGGUGAAUGUGACGACAAUGCAUUGCCCCAUCAUGCACGUGGGCCUGUUUCUCAACUUGCGCGAGCUCACGAUAUCGCCGCAGAACAUCGACGACGACGUCUUGUCCCUGUUGGCGGACACCAAGCUGCGGCACUUGCACCUGCUGCAAAAUUGCUAUACGCCCAACCAUUUGAGUAUCAGCGCCUGCGGCGUCAAGGCCUGGCGCAGCCUGAAGGCCACGAAUCCGCGGCUCAGGGUUCAUCUGCGCGUCGAGAACAUGGUGGACGGCGAUGUGGUGCUGCAGCCGGAGGCGCCGGUGCACAGCAUCACCUAUUGGGCACCACAGGCGCGCAUCCGCACCGAGCUGCUGCUCCGCAUGGUGGAUCACUACAAGAAUACCUUGGCGGUCUACGGCCACGAGCUCCUGCCACGCUUCAGCAGCCCGAAACCCUUCGACAGUCGCGUCGACAGCGUGCUCUUGCUGAUGUGCAGGCAGUGCUUCAAUCUGGAUACACUGGUCAUACGCGAAAAGGUGUCCACGUCGACUUUGCUGCUGCUGGCACGCACCGCCAAGAAUCUGCAGAGGCUGCACGUGCGGCGCUUCGCUGUCAUCUUGCGGUGCGACUGGCCGCGGCACCCGGAGUGGAGCGACGAGUUCCACUUGUGGCUGAGGCGCAACUCGCGCUCCUAUGAGGCGGUCGAACGCGAAAUCUCACAGAUCUUGGGCUACAAAUGGAACUUGCUCAGCGAUCGCGACUUCAAACAGCUGACGGUGAAUGUUAGGGCGGGUGCGUAAAGCCACGCCCUCUCUCAAAUGAGAGAA